AUGGUUGCUGUUUUACUACCCGUUUUGCUUCUUGUCUUAUCACAUUCGACCAUCGGUGAACCAACAUUUGAAACAAUUCCAUUACGUUUCGAAAGUGUAAUUCAACGAUUGCGUGAAUUUUAUCAAAAUUAUCCAGAUAUUGUAAAUGAUCUAGUAAAUAACCCGUUUGCAAAAAUUCGGCCAGAGUUACUCUUGAAUAACAGAACAUCUUCACAAAACCAAAGCAGCGAUUGUGAACGCGACUUGGAAAUUCUAAUAUCUGCGGCAUCUCAACGUCAAUUAUGGGCAUUGAAAGUUCUCGAUGCUUGGGGUAAACCAUUACCAUCUGGUAUAUUAAAGGGAAACAUAUUUUGGUUAGGCAAUUAUGAUGAAUGUCUUAACCCAUUAUAUCAAAUUAACAAUAAAUCUUUCCUUCAGCAGCCAAUUAAUACUCAAUAUUGUGCUCUUCAAUCCGGACCUGGUAGUGCUCAGGAAAUAACGAGUUCUGGUAUAAUUUUGGGUCUAUGCCUACCAACAUCGUGUAAUCGUCAAUCAAUUGUUACACUCCUACAGGAGGUAUUCAAUGUUUCACAUUUAACUAUAGAUUAUCUCGACUGUUCUAAUGAGAGAACUGAUGAAAGACAUGACCCUUUGUCCGGUACAAUUGCUUUCAGUGUCGUUCUUUCACUCUUAGCUUCACUCAUACUAAUUGGAACACUUGCCGAUCUUGUGCUUCGACUGUCAGUCAGCUCGGAUGAAAAUAAAAAGCCGCAUAGCAAGGGACAUCAGGAUUCAUUGACGGAAAGUUCAAACAAGAAUGCAUCAUUGAAUUCUGCUAAUCAAACAUCUCAAUAUCUGACCAACCCAUUGCCUUCAAUAGUGUUUCUUGCAGAAUUUUCAGCCGUUCGUACGCUAGGGCAUAUUUUUGCAAUCGACAAAAAGGAGAACGAGAACUCAUUCGCAUUUCUCAAUGGUAUUCGGGUUCUCUCUCUGUGUUGGGUUAUCCUAGGUCAUUCAUUUACUUUUGGAAUUUUUUACAUGUCUAAUAUCAUCGAUUUACUGAGUGCUUCACGUAAUUUCGCCUUUCAAUUGAUUACCAGUGGUGUUUUCAGUGUUGACACUUUUUUUCUACUGAGUGGAUUUUUAACUGCGGUGCUGUUCGUUCGACAUGCACGAAAGGAAAAACUCUCGCUGAGAAUGAUGAUUCUCUAUUACGUUCAUCGAUAUAUUCGUUUGACACCAACUUUCAUUCUGGUCAUGUUUGUCAGCAUCUAUUUAACACCUUAUUUUGGUCAAGGUCCUUUGUUUCCAGUCCAACAAGGUUUCGAAUCGACAGGUUGCCGUAAUGGUGGUUGGUGGACUUCAUUUUUAUACAUUGGAAAUUUUUUCAAAUCCGAAAAUAUGUGUCUUAGCGUGACAUGGUAUCUAUUCAAUGACAUGCAAUUUCAUUGGAUUGCACCACUAGCCUUAAUUCCAUUUGUGAUGAAACAAAGAGCGAUCGGAUACAUAAUGACCAUACUUUUUGUGCUAGUUAGUAUCGGAUCAAUCCUCAGUCUCCUUCUAUAUUAUCCAAGUAUGGUUACACAUGCUUUGGAUAUCUCGAGCAACGCAACUGGUCCGAAUUUCUUUGACAAAAUCUAUCAGACUCCAUGGUGUCGCAUUUCACCCUAUGCUUUUGGACUUCUUACUGGCUUUGUAGUUGUAAGUACAGGACGUAACUAUCGUUUGAAUACCAUUGUUCGAGUUAUCGGAAAUAUUCUUGCUACCGUACUUGGUUUGGUUUGUAUCUUUUCGACCUAUGGUGAUUAUAUAUUGGUACCUGGUCUGAGUCGAGCUUCACUCGUUGCUUAUCAAGUUCUCUCUCGAGUAGGUUGGUCAAUGUCGAUUUCAUGGCUGAUAUUUAUCUGUAGUAUCAAUCAAGGUGGUAUUGUAAAUCGAAUAUUAUCCUUUCCUAUCUGGACCCCAUUAGCACGUUUGAAUUAUGCUGCUUAUCUGAUUCAUUCGACGGUUAUCUUCGUCACUAUAUUCAAUCAAUCAGUCCCGCUGUAUUAUCAAUCAAUGACCUUUCUCAAUAAUUAUGUAUCUAUACUAUGCUUUAGCUAUUUGGCUGCUAUUGUUGUUGUAAUCUUUUUCGAAACACCCUUUUUCGUUCUAGAAAAGAAAUUUCUUAAACGAUAG